UCGCUCACUCGUCACUCAUUCGCCGGCCGACGACGUCGUCGGUGUGGCGGGCGUCGCGCUGUACGGCACGCGGUCCUGAGAGCACGAUGUGGUACGGAAGGUCGUGUAACUGAAAUCGCUUGCCGCUACUGCCGUAACUACGCCGCGCAUUUGCGACGCUCACUGCCCCAACAAUCGUGACGGUUCCGCCUGGGCGAGGCGGCUCUACGAUCUGUCCGCUGUAGCUCUCGACCGGCCGUCAACCUAUCGUCAAAGGAGAACCAUCCCACUCGGCGAAGAAGCAGGCGUUAGAAAGAGAAGAAAGCAUGGCCGCGGCAGCUGUAUCUUGGGAACUUUACGAAAUGUUUGAAGCGUUCCUCCGGGCCCCCGCAUAUCAUCUGGUGCUGGAGGCUCUCCUGUUCGUAUGGGUCCUCUGGUUGCUACUACGUAAGAGCACUCCCGCCGAUGCCGGCAAGUCGAAACUCACUGAGAAGGAAAAGGAAGAGCUCAUUGCUGAAUGGCGCCCGGAGCCCCUGGUACCAAGCACCCCGCCUGGCGAUUAUGUGCUUAACCCAAGGAUAAUCACCAGCAAAGUUGGCCGGACGGUGGUGGUGGACGGUCGGCCGUGCCUCAACCUGGCCAGUCACAACUACCUGGGCCUAACCGAGCUGGAGGGCACCCAGGAGGCUGCCAUUGGUGGCCUACGGCGGUACGGCGUUGGCUCGUGCGGGCCCCGAGGGUUCUUUGGCACUGUUGACAUCCACCUGGAGCUCGAGAGCCGCCUGGCCGAAUUCAUGGGUGUCGAAGAAGCGUGCCUCUACUCUUACGGCUUUUCGACCAUCUCGAGCGCCAUCCCGUCCUACGCCAAGCAGGGAGACGUCAUAUUUGCGGACGAAGAAGUGAACUACGCCAUCCAGAUGGGCCUGCUGGCGUCUCGUAGCACGAUCUACUACUUCCGCCACAACGAUAUGGAAGACCUCGAACGCCUGCUUCUGGAGCAGCAGGAGCGGGACGUGGCCGACCCCAAGAAGGCAAGCGUGACGCGCCGCUUCCUCGUCGCCGAAGGCAUCUACGCCAGCACGGGCGACAUCUGCCCUCUGCCGGAGCUGGUGAAGCUGCGCCGGCGCUUUACACUGCGACUUUUCCUUGACGAGACCUGCUCGUUUGCCGUGCUGGGCCGUACGGGGCGGGGCGUGCGCGAACACUUCGACGUUCCCAGCAACGAGAUUGACCUGAUGUGCGCCACCCUGGAGCAUGCCGUGGGCUCCUAUGGUGGCUUCUGCUGCGGCACUAGCUUUGUCGUCGACCACCAGCGUCUGUCUGGCCUUGGGUACUGUUUCUCGGCAUCCCUGCCACCGCUGCAGGCAUCCGUCUCCCUACAGGCCAUCAAUCACCUGGCAUCUCAUCCAGAGUUACUGAGCCAGCUGAGGCAGAACUGCCUGCGAGUUCACGAAAAGUUGGCCAGGAUUGCGCAGUUGCGUCUAGGUGGCAAUGCUGAAUCACCUGUCAAGCACCUGUAUGUCGCUGGCAGCCACCCGAAAGACAAGUGUGCGGAACUUCUCGACGAUAUUGUCCACAAGGCAUGGGAGGAGGGCGUAGCGCUGACCCGUGCCCGGUACCUCGAAGACCGGGAGCACCGACCCAAAGAAGCGAGCAUUCGCAUAGCUGUUUCGGCCUCUCUGACUCAAGAGGACAUUGAGCGUGCCUACAGUGUCAUCAGACAAGCAGCCGAAGCUGUGCUGGUUUGAUGGCGAAAAGGGGCAGAAGCUUUUUGUUUGUUUGUUCUGUUUUUUUUUAUGUGUUUUGUGUCACACUUGGGCACCAGACUGACCGACUUCUUGUUACUGCUGCGCCUCAAUGACCACGCUGGUCGACCCAGUAUGCAGGUACAGCAGCGGCAAAACCCAAACACGUCUGGCGACGACAUUUACGUGCAGAAGGCUUGAUGGCCGCCGUCUGGCACAUGGACGUUGCGCAAGAUUCUGCUGUUUCAAGGGCAGUUGCAUGACUGCUCAUUUUUCUUUAGUCAGGCGGCCAGCCACAUGGUUCUCACAUUGCAGGACCUCGUGGGGGUGCUUGUGGUAGUCCUGCAUUACGUUAUGUCAACAGAGCUUCGGUGUAAGGCUGCCAUCUCGUGAGGUGAAGCAUAGGAGCACUCUCGCCUUGCAGCUGCUGUGCUGUUGUUUAGUCAAAUCAACAAACUGGAACGAAGAAUAGUAAUGUUCCCGAAACGUUCAGAAACUUCUCACACUAUGCCAUUGCCACUAGGAAACUUAAGCUUGCAUAAAGUAGCAAGAAAGUGCCUGAUUAGACAUUUUACAAUAUCGUCAUUGGAGUGUUGUAUUGUCGCAGCAGAUGGAGUGUGUUCUUUUUGUUUCCAUUUGAUAUCUUGUUCAGAAGCAUGACCUCUAGAAACUAAGUUUCAACGUCUUUGAUCUACUGCAUAUGACCAUCAUUUGGCAGGUGGCCUUCGAUUUGAGUCCAAGUUGGUACAACCAAGAUGGCUGACGUUGCUUCUUCAGCAAAAACAUGUGCCUGGUGCUGCCAUUCCUCAGUUGCACCGGUUGCUGGGCCUUUAGCUCCGGCAGUGCCUUGAGGAAAAGCUUGUCUAUGUCGGUUGUUGUUCUGCUGGCGCAUCGCAGUAUAUUUAACAUAGGACGUUUCUUGUUAUCCCUUUGUACACAAGAAGGCAUGGAGCCUACAUUGGCCAGCCUGUGCGUUCUCUUUUUCUUGUUGUUUUCUGUCCGAGAGAUUUCGCCGCCUGUCAGCCUAAGUGUGUUCUGAUGGGGCAUUAUAGUUUCUGCAUCCCUGAAUCGCACGGCUGCCUCAUGCUCGAUGCUAACGACAUCCGUGUUUAAUGGACAGUUUUAACUUUUUUCUUUUCGUAGCUGUUUCGGAUGAUUGCCGACACAUGAGUGUCACUGCCGGUGCUAUAGUUGGGCCAGCAUUGAAAUGUUCGGAGGGACAAGGGCUCUUGUUGGAGCUGGCCUCUAAUGUAAAUGUGACCUCCGACUUUAACCUUCCUGUGAGUUAGCCAUUGUCAGAAAUUCUGUGUCUGGAAGUAAUUAGUUCAUUUUUGCCUCUGACGGGCCGCAGAGCCUCAAGAACACCAAUGUUUGGGAAUACUUGGCGUGGCCAUUGUGAUUGUAACUGCAUAAAUCAUAGCGACAUUUGCCAACUUAUGUGUGACGCUCGUAGCUUAAGUAACGCAGGCAGAGCCACACAAUAUGAGUAACAACAUGACGGUUUGUGAGCCAGCUCGCUCAAGAUUUAUGUUUUUCUUACCAGACUUUUAGUUGCUCUCUCCACUCCUGGGGCGACCUCUAGAAGUGAUUGUAUGAGUUUCCUAUGUUCCAUGCAGCAUGAUAGUAGCCAUCAGCCAGGGAUGGGGGAACUUGGCAUUGCUGCUGGCUUUGCAGAGGUUAAAUCCAGCAAGCUAGAGAGACAAUUAUCUGUUCAGUAACCAUGCAAAAAUUGUUGUCGUUCCAUGCGUUAUAGUCAUGUUAUGAUAGAUUCUCUUAGGUAAAGAGAAGUAGACCUCACAUAGUCGGGAUAUUUAGGUUUAGGCUAAGAAAAAAAAUGUCGCUGGUCGCAACCUUAAUUGAUUCUCGUCGAUAUCGGCAUUAUGAUUGUUUGAUAUAACGAAGGUAUCUUUGCAUUGUGCAAACGCGACUUCGUUGUAAUGAGGUGCGAGCGUAUUUGCAGGUUUUCAGCACCAUAUGUUGUAGAAUAAAGAUUGAAGAAGGAAAACUUCGGGUUCCAAGACCUGACUUUCUCCUCAAUAUGCGUUUUUUCACGGUCAGUCGGUUUCAUUUCACCUCCCAUUGAAUUUUCUGCCAAUUCCGAAUGCAGCUCAUUCUUGGAGGUCUUCAAUUUCAGUUUGUCCAGAGGUGGCCUGCUGUUCUUUGAUUCCACCUUUUUUUCACAAUAGACCAAAUGUGAGUCUCUGUGCUGGCUUGUGCAAUUUAAUGCCUAAUUCUUAUUGUUUAUUUUUGGUGGCCUGCUCGAGUAUUCAGGCACUUUGGUCCAUGUGUACUUGUUUUCUAGCAUAUUUACUGAGAUAUAUAUUUUUUUUGGGGUGGGGGGAGGGGGAGAAGUUCAUUCAUUUCAUAGAAGGAGUUGCAGGGUGGGUGGUGCUUUACUUGGCUAGAUUUUGCGUCCGUUUCUCAACCAUGUUUUGAUUUAAAUCAGUAUGGGAACUGAGUGACUGCUGUGUAAUGAAGCGUCAUAUGGCUGGAAGGAAGCCCGUGUCAGCCAUUGUUUACUGUAAAAGCGUAACAUACUGUGUUUGGAAAAUCGUGGGGCAAGAUUGCGUUGUGCUUUUCCACGUGUGCAUGCAUGUGUGUGUGUGUGUGUGUGUCCAUGAGUAAGGAGGAACAAUGCUCCGAACAUAAUGCAAUAUUUCAUUUUCUUUGUUUUUCCCCCUUCAUGAAAUGGCGAGUUCGACUGCCAUACGACCGAGCUGUGCAGGGAAGCCGACCUUGUUGUGCGCUAAAAGUGGACAGGAGUGCAUAGAGGGAAACGCACCCUGCUAGGAAAGUGGGAUGGUCUCUUCGCUCAACACAUUGUGAGCAACGAGUGGAUCGAUGCAUCACCGUAGUGGUUUGCGCUCUGUCAAAAUGUACAACGGCUUGUGGUCGACGUUCGAUUUCAUUGGAAUCGUAAUAUACAGUAUUAUAUACCAAAUUCUUCCUUCUUUUUUGACCGAACGAAAUUCACAGGCAGACAUUCCUUCAACUGGAUUGCUUGCAUACAUUACAUGCACAAUAUGUAAAUCGAAAUGCACAAUUAACUGAUGAACCACAUUUUACAAAUUGCUUUACAGCACGUGUCACAAAUUAUGCAUUGCAGCCAGUAAGUUUGCUAGCCAUAUCGACUUGGAACAAACUCUGGAGCUGGCAGCUGUUUUGAGCUGCCAUCACAAAAUUUUUUGUAGAAGUGCACUGCUGUUCACUUGAUUUUUUUCAACAAAACGCUAUUUUUUAUGCAUUGAAGCACAAAACUGGAUAGCCAAAGUAUUUUGUGCCACACUUUGCAAAUGAUUAUGUCGAAACUGGUGUCAUCCUCAGAAUUCUUUUUGAGUGGAUAAUACUUGCAAAUUGACUUGCUACAAUUUUUAAAUUGCAAUUAUGCCACAAGGUGGUUAAAAGCUUUCUGCAGUGUUGUUGAUUAUUCAGUUAUGCACUUCAAUUUCUCGUGCAAGUAAUUUUCACCUCUUGGAGUAAUCCAGCUUAAGGUGUAGAAUUGUGCUGUCUGCCAUAUGCAACUUUUAAAAAUUAUAUUCAGUUAAAAAAGAAAAGAAAAACCCAUUAUAAUCUCUGGUUUGUCCAGUUUUCCCUCGCAAUAUGUGUAUAGCUGUUUUAUCGGGCUAAACAUGGUAAGCAUUCAUAGCUACAUAGCGAGGAGGUCCUGCAGGGCUUAGCAUGUAUUUGUUUCACUUGUUUUUAAGCAUCACACCCAAGCAUGUUGAUUUGUGUGUGCUCAACGACAGCCUCUGUUAGAAGCAGGCUUGGCUUGGCUUGAGCUUGUCUCAUUAGCAGCAGCAACAACUUCUGCUACGACCAAAAAUUAUUUACGGGUCCUCAAUAAGGGUAUGAUGGGUCCACUGACUGAGUGGCAUUGCUCUGUUAAGAGACGUUGUAGGGAAAAGUUUUUUGAGGUAUGCUAGUAAAUUAGCCUUCUACAAGCAAAAAAAAAGAGAAACACACUUGCUGUGGAAAGAUGCUUUGUAACUCGGAAAAUACAACUGGUGGCACGACCACCUUGAAGUUCCCGCACCUAUUCGCCAUGAGGUCACGUAUUUUGACACAGUCUGCUAGGGCCUGGUUAAUUUUUUGUCAGUAACGAUAAACUAGAAUCCUACUUAAAAGAGGGAAAUACUUGGCAAGCUUUGAGAACUUCUUCCGAGCCCCAGCCACCCAGAUAAGAAAAAAUUACGUUAAUAUGCACGACAUCACACCGAUGUACUGGCACAAGGGUUUCGGCACGAAAGUAAAACAAAUUUCAACUUAAACCUUCUUUUUAUCUCUUAGUACUGAAUCUAUUGCAGCUAAACCAAUGAAAAUAGAGUUUUGAAACAAUACUUUAUCAGUCAAGGGAUUUAGUGUUUCCUUUUAGUGGUACUUUAAGCUUGUCAACUUCACAGUCUGGUGUUGUUGGCUACAAAGUGCUCCUACGUGAAAGGCAUGGCCCUGCAUUCUUGAAGCAUCUUUUCUUUUUGUAAGGCCCAUCCUCUAUUGGGCAUUUCGGCAGGGAUCAUCUGGCUAUCACGUCGAUCGUUAUCGCGAGUGGUGGUUGCCUGAAUGUUGGCCAGUCGGAAAAGAAUGCUUUUGUGCUGCAGAAAUUUCCCAAAUGUGGGUCAUGAAUUAAUUUUGUUCUGUACUGUCGAAUGUUUCACGGCAAACUGUGUCCCUGCAACAGAGAAACUGCCCCCCCCCCCUUUUUUUUCUUUCUUUCUCUGAAGAAAAACCAAAACUUGCCACUUUUUAAAUUUCAGGCCUAAACUUCAGCGCCCUUGACGCCAGGGUUACUCAAUCAAUUUCACCUUUUUGUAUGUAUGUGUGCACGGUUUUACUUACCAAAUUAGGUGCAAUCUAUUUUGCUUUUGUUAACUAGCAACCAUCCUCAGCCAGACAAUGUGCAAGAAUUUCAAGGUGGCCAUUUCCACACAUUUUCUUUUUGUUUGCAGUAAGGCUAACAUAUUUGCAAUCCUAAAAGUAGACAAUACCAAUCUAGCUUGGGUUUAGAUGUCUCCUUGGUGAAUGUAAGCAGAGCGGUCGUUAACUUCAUACUUUCAUCUCGCAUGACGCCUGCAAGAGGUGUACGCUGUUAGGGUUAUAUUGACUUUAUUGCACAUUUGUGACAGGCAAGCAAAGUAGUGUCGGGCACAUUUAAAGAGAAGCACGAAGCACCUUUUAAAAAGAAAUUCAGUGCUGUUUAAUUUCUCACAGUGAAAAGUGUCUUUGUGGACUAGCAGCGUUAAUUCUGGUGUAAACGGGAAGAAUUCUAGUAUGGUUCUGCCUUCUCACGUUUUUAUGCUGUUCUAAUUCAUGGCGGUCACAUUUUAUUGUACAAAAAGCAAACAAACAAAAGUUGUCAGACUGGAAUAAGUUGUAACAAAGAAGCAGUUGUCCUGUUACGAGACGUGAUGCAGGCUGUGUUUCGUUUUUGUGUCCUUUUUCUUGCUUUUUUUUCUUCUGGAAGUGUUAACUGGUUGUCUUGGGGACAAAGAGUUCAGAUUGAACAUGUGAAAGUUUUACAGCUACUAGACAAAACUUGCUUGCCCUUAUUGGAGGUAUUCGGGAGUUGAUGUUUAUAUUUGUUGUCGGUCACAUUCUCAGCAGGUUGAUCGAUUUACCUACUAGACUUCACUUGAUUACGUGGACUUUUGUGUGGGAAUGUUCUGCACGAAAGUUCGUGAAUGGGAGUCUGCUCUGCAACGCUGUCUUAUGCUGACUUGUAUUCACAUGAGCUGCACAUGUUUGACUGAAACAUUUUCUUUUAGCUGCAGUAGCUUAAGAAUUGUGCCGUUUGUGGCAACAUUGUAACAAGGCCUUUUGCCAGUUUGAGUUGCUCGUGUGUGGGAUCAUUUCUUUUACAUUUGUCAGAAAAUGCUUGGACUUUCUUAUUAUGGUCUCAAGCGCAUAUCGUCAAGGGACCACACUUUACUUUUCUAUCUUUGAUGAAACUUUCCUUCAUGAGUGUGUGCAAAGUUGUUUGCUUCCAAAAGUUGACAUGUAAGAAUGCUCUGCUGUGUGUACAGUAAUGCCAUAUUCCUUUUUUUUUUCUAUGUAUAAAUAACGCCGAAUUGUUCAUUAUACAAGACCACUGGACAAGAUGUUCUCUUCUGCAACAUUGGUCAUGUGACAUGAAGAUUGCUUUUGCAACCAGGGUUGUUUGCCUAGUGUUGAAAGCUUCACUACUUGUGUUACUGCUGGAGCUUUCUACCGUCUUUUUGUUAGAGUAAAGCACAGUAAGAGGUAUAUAUGUAUACGUGCAAUAUGAUUCAUUGUGUGCGUGCAUGUUUCAUUUUUGAGUUAGUCGGUUUGACUAGGAAUGCGAAAUGUCAAUUCUUACUCCCAGAUCAAGCCUAUUUGUAUUUGUGCGAGCACAGGGGCCCUGCAACACUAUUUGAGCAUGGUGAUGAAGCUGUUUAUUUCCUGGACUGUGCUGUCAUAAAUAUCUGAGCCAAAUAUUAAUUCUGUAUGCACUGCAACAAGGAGUUAUAGUUUGUUGUCAUGUGUGCAAAGGCCUGGUUUUAUUGAAACAUUUGAAAAAAAGAUUUACAUUUGAAAAAAAGAC